AUGGCGGCGGCGGCGCCUGGACGCAAGGAGCCCUCGACGCUCGAUAUGUCAGCGGAGUUGGCGGAUGUGCACGAUGAUGUGCGUUCACGGCGCAUCACGUUCUGGACGCAUCAGCCGCCAAAUUUCUCAACGUACAGCUUUGUGCUGAACCCCAAAGUCGCGCUGCCGCAGGUCUCGGACACGGAGCUGCUUGGCGUCACGGACGACGCAGGGCAUGCCGCUAUUUCGGAGGGAUCGUCUCGGAUGCGUACACGCGUGCUUGUAUUUAAGCCUGCACAGGCGCUUGCCGAUACGGAUGUGAUCGCGAAGCAGCAACAGCUGCAGCUGAGCGUCGCAACGAGCAUUGCGUCUUUGUAUGGCUAUACCAACCGCAGCGAGCAAAUUUUGUGCCGUGUAUCGCGCGCGGCAUUCACGAUCGAUCAUUUAGAGCUUUAUUUUAAGGACCAGUACAUCGGGCGCUCCGACAUGUGGCGCGUCGCGAACAUGUUGCUGGACCAGUGCGUGUACGUGAGCCAGAAAAUUCAGCUGCCGUCGGGGUUACGCGCGACGAUCGGCAAGCUGUACAUCGAUGGCGAGCGCACUCAGUCCGGCUACAUUGCGCCGUCUACAAAAACCAUCUUCCGCUCUGAAUCGGCCAAGUACGACCUUUUCAUCCAAAUGUCCAAGGAAAUGUGGGAGUUUGACGAGGGCGGCGAGAUUUACUACGAAAAGAUUUUGCAGGGCUUUUUGCCUGACCUGCUCCGCAAGUGGGAGGCCAUCUCGCCGAACCAUGUCGUCUCUGUCAUUUUGUUCACGCGCGUGUUCUACACAGAAGAGGAGCAGGCAAAGCAGGCGAAUUUGCCGGUGCAGCAGGACGCCGAGGGACAGUUUUAUGCAGACUACUACAAAGUCAUCGUCGACUUGGAGUCAAACUGUAACUGGCCGGCUGUUGUGCGCACGCUGAAGGAAGAGUUUUUCCGGUUCCAGCACGAUAUACUGCUCCAGCCCCGGACGACGCAGCACGCCGCGCCGCUUGAGGGGCACAAUGAUGGCACGCCCACGAUGGGGCGCGUCUUGGUGGGCGAAAUUGCGCACGCGCACAGGGGCAAUGUUCUUGAGGCCAUCAAUUUAGCGCUCAAUCCGUACGACCAACACUAUGUCGACCGCGACUUGACGCGCACGGGCUUCGAGGUGCUGAUUGCGACUGCGGGCACAGGCAGUUUCUUCGUGGACAAGCGGCUGCUCCGCACCACGACCCAGCGCAUGGCAGAAUCAGGUAUCUCGCUCGACCUCGUGUGCCUUACACAGAUGCCGCUGCACACUGCACCCAUCUUUCAAUUUCGCUCCGCGCCUCUCUCGCCCGACGCCAGACAUUGCUCUGCUCUGCGGCGCUCCAUACAGAGUGAGACAGAGACCCCGCUGUACACGGACAAUACCGCGCAUCCCAACGAGAUGCACACCUACUAUUUCCUGCCCUACUGGAUCAACUGCAGCUUUUACCACGUCGAACAGGAUAUGCACUUUCGCAGCGAUCGGUUUGUGCCGCGAUGCAGGAUGGACGGACUGCGCUUGAUGGAGCUGAUGGGCAGCGGGCGCCAGGAUCUCUUGAUUCCUUACAUACACAUGAAACACGAGCAAAACACGCCUGCACAGCGACGCACUGCGCGCGACAUGCACGACACGGAUAUCUUUCGCCCCCAAACGAACGGUCUGUCUGCCCCGUCGUUUUCCAAAGCGCCGCCCAUGGCCGAGGCCGUGUCGCGCACUACAAAGGAAAAACGCGACGCGGCUGUCGAGCGCAGUUCGUUUGCGCGGCGCGUGCGACACAGCCGCUCGCCAAACGCACGGCACGAGCGGCACAGUGCCCACAGCACUCGGCGCAGCGCAUCCAGUCGCACGCGCACGCCGCGCCUUGAUGCAGACGCAGGCUACCCCGGGCCGUCGCGCUCGGCCUUGUCUCUGCUCUUUGACACCAGCGGCAAAGGCCUGCCACUGGUGGCUGAGACCGUGACCGAGCUUGUAGCGCAGGUACAUGCAUCGCCGCACGUUGCGUCCGCGUCUGGGGCGUGGCCCACACUAUGGAGACACAUCACGUCGCUAAGCAUGCGCACACGGACACGGCGUGUCGAGCAGAGGACCACUGCGCGCAAUGCGUCACAGCUGAUCGGCGCAGCGCUCGCAGGGCGGUUCCACGAGGAUGAUCCUGUGCUGCAAGUGCAAGCCAGUGACGCAACACAGCUCUCCAAGUCGACGCCGAUCCUGCUUGAGCCCAAACAGAAAGAGACACAGCCAUCUACGGUGCACUCCUUGGUCAACCCCUCGAAUUUGCGCACCUUGGGACCGUACCAGGACCCUGUCUUGCUGCGCUGGCAGCACGUAUUUCUAGGGCGCGCUGUCCAGCACACAGUCAAGUGGUGGUCGAUGAUAUCGCCCGCGUGCCUGCCGCUGACUACGAGCUACAUGCCCAGCGAUCGCGAGUUCCAAACUGACUGGCAGGACUACCCUUACACGGUUUCCGUUCACUCCGACCUCCAUUCAUUCCUCCUACGCCGCGAUUCCAGUACGUCGGCGGCACUUGCGAUGCUGCGCGAAAUGGUUCUGCAGCGCCUCUCGCAGGGGUUUCAGCUUGUGGAGCGCACUGUGCCACGCCCAGGCACGCCCGCCGGCCCCGACGCCGAUUUUUUCGUCCAGCACCCCAUUGAGCUCCUGCGCCCGGGCAACUUUUCUACAGGCGAGCAGAUCUGCCUCACAACCACGAACCAAGUCCACUCUUUGUCCUACAACCGCCAAGCAGGCAUGAUCAACGUCAAGCGCUACAUCAAGCGACUCCCGUACUCUACGGCACCGAUCCACUACCGCUGUUGCAUUUGGCCGCGCAAUCUGCGCGGCUACCUAGUGCACAAUACCACCUUUGCACACCCCGAUCCUCACAGCUACAACUGGACGUAUCUAGACUCACUUGUCGCAGGCUACGAGCACAAGCUGCGUCCCUCGCUGCGCUUUUGGCGCGCCAGAUUCGUGCUCGUGCCUUCCGAAGGCUCGCCACCGCCCAUGACGGCGAGCACGGGCGAGAAGCUGAGCGACGAAGAGGUGCGGCUUGUCGGCAUCGAUCGCCUCGCGGAGCUCUUUGCCAGGGUGGAGUACCGCGCCCCAAACGAGCCGCGGUCUGCGCGUGGCGCCGUCUUGCGGUUUUUGCCCACGACGCUGGACCCGUCUAGCAGCAUGCUCGACGAGGCAUUUUUGCAUGCAUUGCAAGGCGUCGCUGACGAGCUCUCGCGGCGCACGACCACGAAGCCGAAAAGUGUACGCCGCUUGGCACGCACACGAUCACUUGCGCUCCUCGCUUCGGAUCUGCGGUCGAGCGAGGCAGAGGUCAAGGUGCGCGAUCGGCUCUGGCACCGCGUUCUGUAUUUCAACACGAUUGUCGGCACGGAUUUGGUCACCUGGCUAUGCAAGACGUACGCUGAUAUUCGGUCGCGCGAGGAUGCAGAACGCUUCGGACGGAAGCUGCAAAAGGAAGGGUACUUGGAGCAUGUAUUGCACGCCCACGCCUUCCACGAUGGGCAUUAUUUUUACCGGCUCACCAACCAAGCGGUGCUCCUCGACGAGCACGGCGAGCCGCAAAGGCAGGAAGCACGUCCGAAAGCUAGCAAACAGGCUGCACCAAGUCGGCGCGUGCAAAUGAGCCGCUCGAUGCUGAUCGAUUUAGACCCUGGAAAAAAAAGCGACCGCGCAGAAGUUGCUAUUUUACACCACGAUCUUGCGCACAAUCCCGAUAACGGGUUUAACUUCCAGAUCCACUGGCUCGGGGCUACCGCGCGCUUGAUCGAGGACGUGGUACAGAUAUGGACUCGCACCGUGGACCGCUACGGACUCCGGCUUGUCGAGGCGCCGAUUGGGCAGAUCAAAGACGUGGGGUGCCACAGCCCAUUUCGUGCGCCGCUGCCGAUUCGUCUCGCACGGGCGCCGCCAGCGCUGGAAACGUACGCACACCUCCUGGACGCCUCGCGCUUGCUGAGCGACACAGACAAGAUGCCAGAGCCGCGCAACGACACAGAGUGCUGGUUGUUCCGACACGUGCUUGCACGGUACGCCACGCAGGCAGACCGGCUCUUCGAGAUGGCACUUUUGCGCAAGUUUGGCUUUGUUCUUGACCAAGAAGCGUCGAGCCGCUACCCUGCGCACAUCGAGAAAGUAUGCUCUUCGCGGCCCUUGGACUUUGAUUAUACCCAGUUUGUUCACCGCUCCGGCAUUGCGUUCGUGCAGGUGCUCGGCGGCGAAGAUGGAUUCUUGUGGCUGCACAACCGCUUAUAUACCUCACAUUUCCAUGCACACAAGGCAGGGGCGCAGCAGAAAAGUGUCGCGCCGCCGGAUGCAGACGCGGAGCGCUGUGCAUUCCAGCGCUUCUGCGAAAAUCCCACCGAGCUUGCCACAUUCUAUGCAGAUGUGCUCGCGGCGUUGCGACGCCUCACGAGAUAG